GCACGGAGUCGUGAGCCGCUCCAGCCUCCCCCGCGCGCGGUGACUCCCUCCCUGCGCACCGCUCGUACUCUCACCACGCCGCCGCCCGGCACUGCAGCACCGCGGGGAGGAGGCGCAGGCGGAGGAGGGGGAGGAGGACCGCAGCGUGCAAGCCCGGAGCCACUUUCCCGCCCCUCCUUUCUUCGCUGACACGCUCAGAGGAGUCACCACUCCGCGCGCUGCAGGCGAGAGUGGCAGACGGAGGCGGCCCCAAGGAGAGAGCCCGAGCGACACCCGCGUGGCGGCUGCUGCAGCGCUGACACCACCUAGGGCAAGGGGUCCCAGGCGGCUGGAGCGUUCUGUUUUGAAGCCAAAGUGGAUGAUGCCGUCAGGGCUGACCCACUGAUCGGAGUCUGAAAACUUCCCAUCUUCGCGUUUGCCAUCAGUUGAGAUAAGAUGGAAGACUGUUACAAGGAUAGGACUUCACUGAUGAAGGGCGCCAAGGACAUUGCCCGGGAGGUGAAGAAACAAACUGUAAAGAAGGUGAACCAGGCAGUGGACCGGGCCCAGGAUGAAUACACCCAGCGGUCCUAUAGUCGGUUCCAAGAUGAAGAGGAUGAUGACUAUUACCCACCUGGAGAGACCUAUAAUGGGGAGGCCAAUGAUGAUGAAGGCUCCAGUGAAGCUACCGAGGGCCACGAUGAAGAUGAUGAAAUCUAUGAAGGGGAGUAUCAGGGCAUCCCCAGUAUGAACCAAGGGAAGGACAGCAUUGUGUCAGUGGGGCAGCCUAAGGGCGAUGUGCACAAGGACCGCCAGGAGCUGGAGUCAGAGAGGAAAGCUGAUGAGGAAGAACUAGCCCAGCAGUAUGAGCUGAUAAUCCAAGAGUGUGGUCACGGCCGUUUCCAGUGGGCCCUUUUCUUUGUGCUGGGCAUGGCCCUUAUGGCGGAUGGUGUGGAGGUGUUUGUUGUUGGCUUCGUGUUGCCCAGCGCUGAGACAGACCUGUGCAUUCCAAAUUCAGGAUCCGGAUGGCUAGGCAGCAUAGUGUACCUCGGGAUGAUGGCAGGGGCUUUCUUCUGGGGAGGACUGGCAGACAAAGUGGGGAGGAAGCAGUCUCUUUUGAUCUGCAUGUCUAUCAACGGAUUUUUUGCCUUCCUUUCAUCCUUUGUCCAAGGUUAUGGAUUUUUUCUCUUCUGUCGCUUACUUUCUGGAUUCGGGAUUGGAGGAGCCAUUCCCACUGUGUUCUCCUACUUUGCUGAAGUGCUGGCCCGAGAGAAGCGGGGUGAGCAUCUGAGCUGGCUCUGCAUGUUCUGGAUGAUUGGUGGGAUCUACGCCUCUGCCAUGGCUUGGGCUAUCAUCCCGCAUUACGGAUGGAGCUUCAGCAUGGGAUCAGCCUACCAGUUUCAUAGUUGGCGUGUGUUUGUGAUAGUCUGUGCGCUCCCCUGUGUCUCCUCAGUGGUGGCCCUCACAUUCAUGCCUGAAAGCCCACGGUUCUUGUUAGAGGUUGGAAAACAUGAUGAAGCUUGGAUGAUUCUGAAGUUAAUUCAUGAUACAAACAUGAGAGCGCGGGGUCAGCCUGAGAAAGUAUUCUCGGUAAACAGAAUCAAAACCCCAAAACAAAUAGAUGAACUGAUUGAAAUUGAGAGUGACACAGGAACAUGGUACCGGAGGUGUUUUGUUCGGAUCCGGACAGAACUCUACGGAAUUUGGUUGACUUUUAUGAGAUGUUUCAACUACCCAGUCAGGGAUAAUACAAUAAAGCUUACAAUUGUUUGGUUCACCCUGUCCUUUGGAUACUAUGGAUUAUCUGUUUGGUUCCCUGAUGUCAUUAAACAUCUGCAGUCGAAUGUGUUGCCAAUCGAAAAGAUAGAGAGAGAAAAAUUUUCAAAUUUCACUGUUAACUUGACAAUAGCAAAUGAGUUGCAUAUUGGAGCGGAAUACGACAAUGGCAGAUUUCUAGGGAUCAAGUUCAAAUCCGUAACUUUCAAAGAUUCAGUUUUUAAGGACUGCACCUUUAAGGAUGUGACUUCAGUCAACACCUACUUCAAGAACUGCACAUUUAUUGACACUGUUUUUGAUAACACAGAUUUUGAGCCAUAUAAAUUCAUUGAUAGCGAAUUUCACAACUGCUUGUUUUUUCACAACAAGACGGGAUGCCAGAUUACCUUUGAUGAUGACUAUAGUGCCUACUGGAUUUACUUUGUCAACUUCCUGGGGACACUGGCAGUGUUGCCAGGGAACAUCGUGUCUGCUCUCCUGAUGGACAGAAUUGGGCGCUUAACGAUGCUGGGUGGUUCUAUGGUGCUUUCAGGGAUCAGCUGUUUCUUCCUUUGGUUGGGCAGCAGUGAAUCCAUGAUGGUAGGCGUGCUGUGUCUGUAUAAUGGAUUGACCAUCUCGGCCUGGAACUCUCUUGAUGUGGUCACUGUGGAACUGUACCCCACAGACCGGAGGGCAACAGGCUUUGGCUUCUUGAACGCACUGUGCAAAGCAGCGGCCGUCCUUGGAAACUUAAUAUUCGGCUCCCUGGUCAGCUUCACCAAAUCAAUCCCCAUCCUGCUGGCCUCCACUGUGCUCGUGUGUGGAGGACUGGUGGGGUUGCGCCUGCCUGACACACGAACCCAGGUCCUGAUGUAAUGGGAAAAAAGCCAUCCAUCCUGCGUUUCUUUCUCCUGCCCUGUGUCAACACUCCUGACUCAAGGCUUCAGAUUUUUCAGAUACCAAAAUGUGGUGAAAUAUCAGAACACUAACCCUUGCCAUCACUAAAAUUUAUUUGCAUACCAUCCUG